AGGCGUCUUAAUUUAUAAGAAAAAAAAGCAUUUAACUGAAAUCUGUACAUUUACUUUUAUGAAGGACGUCGUGUUCAAGAAGCUAUGCGCCGUGAAGAUCCAGAAGGAAGUGAAAUGCGUGCUCUUCAGCUGCACACAGUGCGCCGCAGAAGGUAUUCUGUGCCUGCUCCUAACAGUUUGUGGCAUAUAGAUGGCAACCAUAAACUUAUUCGAUGGCGAAUAGUAGUUCAUGGUGGCAUUGACGGCUUUAGUCGUCUAAUUGUGUACCUUAAUGCUGCCACCAACAACCGGGCCUCAACAGUCAUGGGCAGCUUCCUUGAAGCCGUCAAUACCUAUGGAGUGCCUUCAUGUGUCAGGUCUGACAAAGGAGGAGAAAAUGUUCAGGUUGCACAUUUCAUGGUGUCCAGUAGAGGCCUAAAUAGGAAUUCCCACAUCACUGGAAGAAGCACACACGAUCAGAGGAUAGAAAGAUUGUGGAGAGAUGUCUUUGGGGGAGUUUUAGAUCUCUUCUACACCAUUUUCUGCAACCUGGAGAGAGAGGGCCUACUCAGCCCAGAUGAAGAGAUCCACAUCUACGCACUGCACUGGACCUUUCUUCCACAUAUUCAGAGGCAUUUGCAGUUCAAGGAUGGCUGGAACCACCAUAGAUUGCGCACAGAGGAGAAUCAGUCACCACUUCAACUAUGGAUGCAGAACCAACUUGAGGGGCAUCAAGACCCUCCCCAGGUUGAUACUGAGUAUGGUAUUGACUGCGAAGGUCCACAUGGAUACCACCACGAAGGAGUCACAGUUCCUGAGGUUCAGCUUCCCCGGCCACUAUCUGAAGUGGAAGUGCAGAGACUGCCAAAUCCACGAGGUUCUUUUUCCAAUGUAUUAAAUCUGUACAGUGAGACAGUUGCAUGUUAA